UCUCUAAAGGGCCCAAGUUAUAUAACAUUGGGCUAGGCUUUGGCUCACUUUAUAAGCUAUUGCAGGGGAAACCAGCAAAAAGAAAGUAAAUCAAACUCUCAGAUUUGCGGACAAGCUUUAGAAAGGAAAAAAUGGCGGAUCAGCUGACCGAUGACCAGAUCUCAGAGUUCAAGGAAGCCUUUAGCCUCUUCGAUAAGGAUGGGGAUGGUUGCAUCACCACCAAGGAGCUCGGAACCGUGAUGAGGUCUCUGGGGCAAAACCCGACAGAAGCUGAGCUCCAAGACAUGAUCAAUGAGGUCGACGCAGACGGGAACGGGACCAUCGAUUUCCCAGAGUUCCUGAACCUGAUGGCGAGGAAGAUGAAGGACACUGACUCAGAGGAAGAGCUCAAGGAAGCCUUCAGGGUUUUUGACAAGGACCAGAACGGUUUCAUCUCUGCGGCGGAGCUUCGACAUGUGAUGACAAACCUUGGGGAGAAACUAACCGACGAGGAGGUUGAUGAGAUGAUCCGAGAAGCUGAUGUUGAUGGAGAUGGUCAGAUCAACUAUGAUGAAUUCGUUAAAGUCAUGAUGGCUAAGUGAUAGAAAGAGAGAGAGUGAAUCUUCUUUCUUAUCAUUUGAUUUGUUUGAUUUGCUUAAGCGGCUCUUUAUUGUUGUGUGUGAUGUAUGAACUCAUGUUUUGCUCAUCUUUUGACAAAUUGGUACUCUGUCCUUGUUAUUUUUUAAUCUCUAUUAAAGUUGAAUAAAUAGGAAAAACCUGAAAUAAUUUAAUAUUA